ACUCCCGGAAGUGACGCACGGUGGGGUUGCCGGAAGAAGUGGCGAAGUUACUUUUGAGGGGACCUGAGUCGCGGCGGCGUGCCAGGGGCUACGGAGAAGAAGGAAGAGAAGGCAGAGCAAGGGAACAGAAGCAGUUCGCGCCGCCCCCCGGCUGUUUCCAAGGCAACGGGAGUAAGGGACCCCCCGUAAGAGAGGCCGCCCACGAGACCCUCGCGCGCAGCCAUGAGCCCCGCCCCCCACUGCUGUUCGGAGAGGGGCGGGACCUGGAGAGAGGCUGCUCCGUGACCCCACCAUGUCCACCCCUACCACGAAUUCCGUGGACACCCCCUUGCCUGGAAAUGACCCCAGCACCCCCUCUUCUUCACCUGGGGGAAAGGAGGAUGGUCCUGAACCAUGCCCUGGAGGGGCGGAUCCUGAUGCCCCAAGCACUGAUGGGGCCGACUCAGCCUCCGUUGUGGUCAUCCUAGACACAGCAGAGGAGCCGGAGCGCAAGCGAAAGAAGGGCCCAGCUCCAAAGAUGCUGGGCGACGAGCUGUGCCAAGUGUGCGGAGACACAGCCUCCGGCUUCCACUACAACGUGCUCAGCUGUGAAGGCUGCAAGGGCUUCUUCCGCCGAAGUGUGAUCCGAGGCGGGGCAGGGCGCUAUGCAUGCCGGGGCGGUGGCACCUGCCAGAUGGACGCCUUCAUGCGGCGCAAGUGCCAGCAGUGCCGGCUGCGGAAAUGCAAGGAGGCAGGGAUGCGGGAGCAAUGCGUCCUCUCUAAAGAACAGAUCCGGAAGAAGAAGAUUCGGAAGCAGCAGCAGCAACAGUCAUCCCCCACGGGGCCAGGAGUCAGCAGCAGCAGCCCAGCCUCUGGGCCUGGGGCCUCCCCUGGAGGGUCCGACGGGGGUGGCCAGGGCUCCGGAGAAGGUGAAGGUAUCCAGUUAACAGCCGCUCAGGAACUAAUGAUCCAGCAGUUGGUGGCGGCCCAGCUGCAGUGCAAUAAACGCUCCUUCUCCGACCAGCCCAAAGUCACGCCCUGGCCCUUGGGUGCAGACCCGCAGUCCCGUGAUGCUCGCCAGCAGCGUUUCGCCCACUUCACGGAGCUGGCCAUCAUCUCCGUGCAGGAGAUCGUGGACUUCGCCAAACAGGUGCCUGGCUUUCUGCAGCUGGGUCGCGAAGACCAGAUCGCCCUCCUGAAGGCCUCUACCAUUGAGAUCAUGCUACUGGAGACGGCCAGACGCUAUAACCACGAGACCGAGUGCAUCACCUUCCUAAAGGAUUUCACCUACAGCAAGGAUGACUUCCACCGCGCGGGCCUGCAGGUGGAAUUCAUCAACCCCAUCUUCGAGUUCUCGCGGGCCAUGAGACGCCUGGGCCUGGACGACGCCGAGUACGCCCUCCUCAUCGCCAUUAACAUCUUCUCAGCUGACCGGCCCAACGUGCAGGAGCCCAGCCGAGUGGAGGCCCUGCAGCAGCCCUACGUGGACGCGCUGUUGUCUUACACCCGCAUCAAGAGGCCACAGGACCAGCUGCGCUUCCCCCGCAUGCUGAUGAAGCUUGUGAGCCUGCGCACGCUCAGCUCUGUGCACUCGGAGCAGGUCUUUGCCCUCCGGCUCCAGGACAAGAAGCUGCCGCCUUUGCUCUCUGAGAUCUGGGAUGUCCACGAGUGAGGGGCCCAGCCACCCUGCCCCACCGCCCUGCACACCCCCAAUGACUGGACACUGGGGUGGGAAGGAACCUGGCGGGGUCUGGGCUCCCACCCUGCAGCUUGGAGCUCAGGCCUUGGCCCCCCGCCAGCCCUCAGGAUGAGCCCCAGUUGGGGUCCAGGAGCCUCCCUGCCUGCCCACUGAGUCUUCCUGGGAGGGCUGGUGGGGGUCAUAGGUCCUGACCUCUGACCUCUCCAGCAUUCCCAGCUGCCCUCCCUGCCCAGCUUACACCUCAAGCCUACCAUGCAGUGCACCUUGAACGGAGGCAGGAGGGCCUGUGGCUCUCCCACAGCCCGGAGACCACAGGCUCCCCCCCUGCUCCUUUUAUUUAAUAAAAACUAAAGAAAACAAAAACAAAAACAGGAAAAUAAAGUUUGACUAGAAACUU